UGUCGAUCUAAGGAUUCUAAAUUUCUAAACAUAAAAUAAUAUAACCGUGAACGGCGUGAACACCAACAAUUCGCCGUGACAGUCAGUGGUCGGCGCAAUUACUUCACCUCGUCAUUUUCACCGCUCCCACCUCUUCGUAAUACCGCGUACGGAUCACGAAUACCGGUCCGGUACUCCGAUCGUCGACCGUCGUGUUUCGUGUACUCGUGUCUAUUUCAGUCUGCAAUUCCGUUGGUCGUUGCUUGCUGCCCGUUCCCCUCAUAACUACGUAAUUAUUGUAGUCAGUACCUGCUGAUAUUACGCAGCCAAACCUCUGUUCGUUUGCUAAUUCUUGUGCGCUUUGUCGGUAGUCGAUAUCCGAUAACAUUAUUAUAAAAUAUUAUUUUUACAGUCGUGCGUAGGCGUUGUUAGUGUUUUUAUUUUCGGUUUUUCACCCGUAACUCGUUCGUAUUCGCGAUCCACGCUAUUCCAUCAUACCCCUUGCCGCAGUGUAACAAAUUGCCCGUAAGUCACGAUGAGCGAAAAAGAAGUGAAAAAGUACUCUUUGGCCGAGGUUGCCGCUAAUGCAAACGCUACAAAUCCGUGGAUCGUAAUCAACGAUUGCGUAUACGAUGUCACAGAAUUCCUAAACGACCAUCCCGGCGGUGAAGAGGUUCUGUUGGAACAAGCUGGCAAGGAUGCAACCGAAGAGUUUGAAGAUGUUGGACACUCUAGUGAUGCACGCGAAGUCAUGCAAAAAUACAAGAUUGGAGAACUUAUAGAAGAAGAUAAAAAACAAAAUAAGAAACCCGUAAAGAAACCAACACCUGCAUCAUCAAGUGCACCUGGUGAUGAUUUUAGUCUUUGGAAAUCAUGGUUGCUGCCUUUAACAAUGGGAGUGCUUGCUAUCUUCGUUUACCGAUACUUUAUUGCUUCAUAAAAGAUCAAAGUCAUUUAAGUUUAUCUUAAAAGUUAUUAUUGUCAACCAAAAUUCUGGGUUAACUCACAAAUAUUGUCUUGUGUAUUUUGUAAAUGUCAAUCAUUAAACUACAUUCCAUUCUGUGUUUGCUGUUUA